CUGAGCUCUAGUUGUGCCGGUAACUCCGGGUCGCAAUUUCUUUUCUUUCCAAUCAGAAGGGUUGAGAGAAAUAAUUAUUUUCGAGACACGGAAAAACGUCGACACGAUGAGGAGUCUGUUACACGCAGUUUUUGUACUGUCGACAGUUUUAGCGUGCACGGAUUUCGUCGCGGCCGCUUUAAAUACACACUAUCAAUGGCGUUUCAUCGACUAUCAGUGGGAAAGUUACGGUCAAAAAUAUCUAGCCAAUAAAACCGGACUGUACGCUCCUAAAAAAAUCAUUCCUUACGACGUUCAGCGACUGUCAGACGGUCGAGUCCUCGUGACCACGCCGAGGUACUUCAACAAUCCCGCUAGUUUGUCGGUUGUAUCACAAGUUUACGGAUCUAAUGGCCCGUUGCUGGCUCCGUACCCCAACUGGCGUUGGCACGACGCCAAGGACUGCUCGGGAAUCACAAGUGUCAACAGAAUAAGGGUCGACGAAUGCGACAGACUUUGGAUUGUAGACUCCGGUAAAAUCGGAAACGAACAAAUCUGUCCCGCGAAGAUACUCCAGUUCGACACGAAGAACGAUCGACUGGUCCAGCAAAUUGAAAUCCCGAAAGAAUUGUCGCGCAAUCCGGACGACAAGACGAAAGGGCGUCUCGAACUUCAGACCGUGGAAACCGCCGGUGAAUCCUGCGCGGAAACCUGGGUCUACGUUUCGGAUCUGGAAGGUUACGGUCUUAUAAUUUGGGACGGUGAGGACAUAUGGCGACUGAACGACGACGUCUUCAAACCGGACCCCAAUCAAACGACGUUCAGCGUCGGCGGUGAAAACUUUACCCUCAGUCUGGGACCUUCUGGAUUUUUGAUCGGUCCGGACGGUUACUUGAAGGACAGAUACGCGUUUUUCAAGCCGUUGUCAGCGAACAAAGGAUACGCCGUGUCCACCGCGGAUCUCCACAACUCGAAAUUGGGCGGUGACGUGAUUUACUACAUCACGGAAUACACGGCGCCCAGCCAGGAACUCGGACGAGAUUUUUCCAAACUCGGCGGUUUUCUGAUCGCCGGUUUCACCACCGAAACUCUGGUCGCGUGUUGGAAUAUCCAGUACCCUCUGGAGGACCGAUACAUCGGUUUUCUGGAGCAGAACGCCACCACAUUGCAGUACAUAAACAGCAUCAAGAUAACCCUGGAUCGAAGCAGGAGGACCGAGACGGUCGACGUCCUGACCAAUAGACUGCAGAAAUUCGUUAGGGGUACAAUGAACUUCAACGAAAUCAAUUUCAGGAUCUUGUCUUCCGACGUCCGCAGCCUCAUCAAUGGAACGAUUUGCGCGCCGCGUGGAAAUCACUCGGUCGAAAAGUUCGUCGAAGCCAAAGGAUUCAGAUUUUUCGACAUCAAUCAACAUUCUCCGAUCGGCUCCAGUUCUUGGUGGAACCGAUGGACGAAGAAAGUUGGAAAUUGGUUCUCUAAAAGUUCCUAACAACUUUCGAGCGAUUCGUUAACGAUAUCUAAUGAAAAAUUCUCCUCUCUCAACAACUAUAAAUCUAUAGAAUUUAAUGUGGACGAAUGAAUAAAUCGAACGAAUUUCAAUCACAAAAA